AUGCAAAGAAUUCUUAAGAAGAUUACUUCGAAUGUUUCCGGAAUAUUCUAUUGGAUGCUUGAUAAUGAAACUUUAAUCAUCACUCUAACUUUGCAUGAUACAUUCAGUUACGAUAUGAGGGGUAAAUGUCAAAGAACAGCAAUUAACUUUGCUUUUGAUUUGCAAUUGUCGAAGGCUGACGACAAUAUGUGUCAGAAUUUACUUACUAAUUCCCGCGCGUUCAACGGUAACGGUCUUCACUCGCUUAUGGAUGUGACAGAAAUGAUUCAUAUUACUCGUAGCGACUGUGAGCCAUGUGCUUGUUGA